CGGCGAGCGACGACGACAAGGCGAGCGCGAGACACAACACCGAGAGCGUUUCAGUUGGCAGAAGCCUGACUUACUGUAGAGGUACAGCAGAUUGACAGAAGCCCCACCAUGCCUGUGGCUUCCACCAGAACAGAUCCUGCUGUUCCCCAGGUGCUGGACACAAUGAGUGACAGCACAACCAGUUCUACUACGGCCAAUGACCUGGAUCUCAUCUACCUUAAAGGAAUCAUGGAGAGCCCUGUGGAGCCGGAGCAGAGCCCGGUAGAGCCUCGUUUGUCGGCGGUGAGGGACAACAACAUGGAGCUCCUGCAGGAGAUCCUCAGAGACCUGGACCCCUUCACACACCGCUCCGACACCGCAGCCGAGCUUGCCCGCAUACUCACACAGCCUCACUUCCAGUCUCUACUGGAGACGCAUGAUUCGGUAGCGUCCCAGGCGUGCGACAGUCCGCCUGCCAGCCCAUGUGACUUUGUGGAUCAUGACCAGUGUGACAGCCACACGCUUAGCCUGCCCCCUCCACCUGAAGCUAUACGCAUGGUGGGUGUACGCAAGGUGGCAGGGGAGCAUCUGGGUGUCACGUUCCGAGUGGAGGGCGGCGAGCUCGUUGUGGCCCGGAUCCUCCACGGAGGGAUGGUUGAUCAGCAGGGUCUGCUGCACGUUGGAGACAUUAUCAAAGAGGUGAAUGGUCGAGAGGUAGGCCAGGAUCCCAGGGUGGUGCAGGAGGAGCUGCAGGCGGCCAGCGGUAGUGUGGUCCUGAAGAUCCUGCCCAGCUACCAUGAAACCAUCCCACCCAGACAGGUGUUCUUUAAGUGUCAUUAUGACUACACCCCGGCUAAUGACAACCUGAUCCCCUGUAAGGAGGCAGGGUUAAGGUUUGAGACUGGAGACAUCCUGCAGAUAGUCAACCAAGAUGACCUCAACUGGUGGCAGGCACGUCAUGUGGAGGGUGGGAGUGCUGGGCUGAUCCCUAGUCAGAUGCUGGAGGAAAAGAGGAAAGCUUUCGUCAAGAGAGAUGUGGAACUGCCUCCUGCUGGAAAUCUGUGCACUGGCAUUGGAGGGAAGAAAAAGAAGAAAAUGAUGUACCUGACCACUAAAAACGCAGAGUUUGACAGACAUGAGCUGCUGAUCUAUGAGGAGGUGGCCAAAGUGCCGCCUUUCAAGAGGAAGACUCUGGUUCUGAUCGGGGCCCAGGGCGUGGGGAGGCGGAGGCUUAAGAACAAGCUCCUGCUGAAGGAUCCACAGCAAUUUGGCACCACCGUUCCAUACACCUCCAGAAAGCCCAAGGCAGGGGAGCGGGAGCGUAGGAUGUAUGGCUUCACCACUCGCAGUAAGAUGGAGGCAGACAUUAAGAACGGCCGCUAUCUGGAACACGGCGAGUACGACGGCAACCUGUAUGGCACCAAGAUCGACUCCAUACACGAGGUGGUGGAGGCCGGACGCAUCUGCAUACUGGAUGCUAACCCUCAGUCCCUAAAGUUGCUCAGGACCUCAGAGUUCCUGCCCUUUGUGGUGUUUCUCCAGGCUCCAGACUUUGAGGUGCUCAGAGUAAUGAACCACUCAGCUGUCGAGGCUGACGUGGUGACCAAAACACUGACGGAUGGAGAGCUGCAGCGAACCUGUGAUGAGAGCGGCCGUAUCCAAGCAGCGUACGGCCACUACUUCGACCUCACCAUUGUCAAUGACAACUUGGACGAGACCUACCGCGUUCUCAAGGCCGCCCUGGAAACAGUCGCCAAGAACCCCCAGUGGGUUCCUGUAACCUGGGUGUUCUAG